AUGGCUCCCAAGACUUCCGAUGAGGAUUUCAAAUUCAUCAUGACCUGCAUCAAACACUCUCCGCCGACCUCAAAGCCCGACUUCGACAAAGUCGCAAAGGAACUUGGUGCCAAGAGCGCUAACGCUUGCUAUCAUCGCCAUUGGGGAAUCAUGAAGAAGUGGGGAAUGGCAGGAGGUGGUGUCGGCCGUGCUCGCAGAGCUGGAGAUACCGGUAUUGGCGCCGGUGCCGCUGCUGGUGCUGGCACCACUAAAAAACCUCGUGGUGGCGGAACUAAGCGCAAGGCGAGUGAGAUGGCUGAUGCUACCGCGAGUGAAAACGGCUUGGGAUCGGCAUCAGACGAUGUGGAAGAAAAAUCUGUCAUCACCAAGGCCAGACCAAGCAAGAAGGCUGCUCCGAAGGGUAUCAAGACAGAGCCAAACGAUGACGAGGUCGAUUCUGGUCAGGUUGUUAUCAAGAAUGAGCACGUGGAUGAUGAGCAGUCUGUUGCUGAGGACGGAGUUGUGGAACCCGGUACCUGA